AUGGACUCCAAUGCAUUCAAAGUUUACAGUGUGUUCCUGGGACUGUUAAGUCACAUUGUCUGCAACCGAUACGAGCCAUCCAUCAUAGGAUUCAUCGCCUCUUUGCUACCCUUUCAAGCGGCGUUCUAUUACUAUGCAUCGCAGCAUCUUAGGUCUGGCUCGUUGGUAUCGCUUUUGAUGCAAUGCCAUAUCCUAUUCUUCGUCUCGCUUGGCAGCAGUAUGGCCGCGUACCGGUUAUUAUUUCACCCUCUACGCCGAUUCCCAGGACCUCUCUUGGGGAAGCUGACCAAGUUUGCAACCUCAUAUCAUGCUGUGCGUGGAGACCAGCAUCUGUGGAUAGAGAAUCUGCACCGGAAGUACGGCGACACCGUCCGAUUUGGUCCUAAUGAGCUUUCUUUCAUCAAUCCCGACGAUUUGCCCUACAUCCAAGGCAGCAAGUCGGCACGGGUACCGAGAGGUCCGUGGUACGAUGGGAGCCCGGAUCGCAUGGAGGACUCUCUUUCCAUGGUCCGCACCCGAAAUUUCGAGGUUCACAGAUAUAAACGCCGCAUAUGGGAGCAAGCAUUCACAUUGCCUGCGUUGACGUCCUACGAGCCCAAGGUUCUCGAAAUGGUUGAGCUAGCGGUCAAGGUCUGCGUUGAGAAGGAUGGCCAAGUCAUUGAUGUUAAACCGAUAAUUCAGUCAUUUACCUUCGACACAAUGGGUAAAGUUGGAUUCAGUCGCGAUUACGGUAUGGUGGACGGUACUAACGUCCACGCCGGGCGGGAGAUGAGAUCGCUGGCCGAGCACAUGCGUAUGCUGUUCAUGACGCGGCCGACGCCAUGGCUCAAACACCUCUACAGGGCUCUACCUCUUGACGCCAAAGGUAAAAAUGGUUCGAAGCAGUUCAAGGACACAACGUUGAGACGCUUUGAGGAGCGCUACCAGGAGGGCACCACGAACGGCGUCAUCGAUAUCAUGCACUAUCUCAUGCAGCCUGAGCCCAAAUCGGGCAAAUCGAUGACCAAACUGGAACUCUCGGACGAGGCGGUGAGCCUCGUGAUCGCUGGGAGCGACACUACUAGCGUGUGCUUAACGUACGCCUUUUACUACCUCCUCACAAAUCGCGAAGCGUAUUCAAAGCUGCAGAAAGAGGUAGACUCGCUCUGGGACGGAGUUGGCCUACUUCAAUCGAAGAGUUUAGUGCCUUCCCGUGCACCAUUUAUCGAUGGAGUUAUAAACGAGGCUCUUCGUCUGGCGGAGCCCGAUCCAAAUGGAAAUCAGCGGUCGACCCCACCAGGAGGCUUUAUGGUUAAUGGGGAGUAUAUCCCUGAAGGUACGCAGAUGAGUGUCCACAAAUGGUCGAUACACCGAUCCGAGAAGCACUUCACAAGGGGUGACGAGUUCAUUCCCGAGAGGUGGAUUUCUGACGAGGAGAGAGCACGUCUCGGUCUGACGAAUCACAAUGUUAAAGCGUUCAUUCCCUUUGGUGCCGGCCAGUACGGUUGCGUGGGGCGGCCACUCGCUUUGAACGAGCUGCGUAUGUUCCUGGUCGGAUUUUUCAGACACGUCGAUAUUUCGCCCUGUCCCGGCCAUGAUCUCUCGCAAUUUACUCAUCAGGCGGCCGCAUACAUGACUUUUGUCACGCCUCCCCUACCUGUGGUGAUCAGGAGACGCAAAGUCGGAUACCAAAUGGGUCAGGAGAUAGAAAAUUGA